CGCGAAAAAGAAUAAGAUGAGAAAUCUUUGCAGCCGCCUUCGCCGUCACCGUCGAGUCGACGAAGAAAAUUAAGCAGUAUAUCAGGCGCAUAUAGAGAAAGAAUGGACAAUUUGCUUUACUAUCUCAACAAGGAUGAAGGCUUGUUACAUGAUUCCAUGAUGGUUUUCAAGGGAGGAAUAGGCAUAAAGAGGAGGAUACUGACAUGGAGACUGAGGACCAGUAUCUGACCAAUCGGACCAUGACUUGGGGACUAAUGUGAUGCAUGUGCUCCCUGCCCAAAGUGGUGGACUGUUAUGAGACCCCAUCUCUCGGAUCUUGCCUCCCCCUUUCUUUCUCCCUUCCCUUCAUUUCCUCUCUCUAUAUAUACUCCUCUCCAGGAGAUGAUCGAUACCUUGAACCAAUUUGAGUUCUGAGCUCAUUUUCUUCAUCCAACAUAUUCACCAGCCAAGCAGUACUAAUUUCAAAACACUUGACCACCAUAUAUUUGAUUAUGGGGUCUUGGGUCAGAACCAUCACUUCUCCCUUUAGGAAGGCUUGCACCAUCUUCAACUCUCCAAGUAGAGAUCACAAGAAGCCCCAAGCUGGUUGGUGUUCUGUCUCGUUCCUCUCCUCAUCCGAUGCUUGCGGUUUACAUGUGGGACAUAAUCAUCAAUAUGGAAUGAACUUACAUGGUGAAGUUAUGGCAUGUCCUUAUGAAGAUGUUCAGGUUAUGUGGUCAAUCUUGGACAAGGCGAGGAAUGGCGACGUGAGCUCACGAUCAUAGGAGAAGCUCUCUACGGAGAAAUUAUCUGAUUGGUUUGUCGAUUGCCAAUGCCGAUUGAUCCAUCAUCAGAGGAAAAAUGUAUGUAGUUUAAAAUCUUAGUUAAUUUCGAAGGAAUCCCUGUGGAUAUUAUUAAGGCCCAUGGUGAGAUUUAGUAGCAUAUAGAUGUGGCUCUUUUUCUUUUUUUGAUUUUGUGAUUUGUACUUCUAGAAGAAUGCUUGUUGUAUGAGGAAAGUGUAGUUGGACUGUUAACUCAUUUUCUCAUUCUUGCUUCAAAGAUGUGUUUUCAAGUGUAUAUAUACUAACUAUUCAUGGAAUUGGCCUUGUUUCUUGAGA